AUGUCUUCAAAGCCAAGAAUAUAUCUCUCCAAUGGAGAGAUCCUCCAAAAUCCACCGAUCUCUGUCCGCAUAAGGCGCUUCUUUGAGAGCCUCUACCUUAUCCUGGGUCUCUAUUUCACCAGCUUCUUUACGCUUGACGCAUACACUGCUGCUCAGAACUCGCCCUUCAACGUUGCCAAUCCGACCAACAGAUCCAACACCCGCGCCCGUUGGGUAGGACCUUCUGGACCCGGAGGUGGUAAUGGUGGAGGUGGAGGUGGAGGAGACGGUGGUCCACCAAGACCACCGAGGAGGAUUGGCCGGGUGGAUGAUAUUCGAGGUCCAGAGUGCAAAAGUUGCCGUUAA